GACGCUAGCAGUCAAUGCCAGAACGCGAAGCGGCCGCGUUGACAACGGAGCUGCUCUAGAAUCGCUCUGCAGUUUCCUUUCCUUCACUCAAUUCUCAUGUACAACAUUGGAAUAGACUCCAAUUAACGCGGCAACAGUGCGAGUAACAGUAAACGGGAUCAAUCGAAGCGUCAAUCAAACGAAAACACACGGAUCAAUCAAACUUGUUCACAGCGCUCGAUCGUGAAGUGUGAGUGACAACAGUAACAUGAACAACAACAACAACAACAGCAAAUCAAAACACGCGCUCAGAGUGUGCGAGUUGCGAGCUGUGUUGUGAGUGAGCACAGUGGAACGAAAACAACAACAACAGGUGGCGGGCGCACCUGCCAAAGGCAAGGCAAUAAAUAAAUUUCCGCUGUGAGAACCAAAUAUUGAAUAUCGAGCUGAGCACCGUUAAUUAGUUUUGGAUAUCGUCGUGGAAAACAGGUGCUAAUUUCGGAAUAUUUACAGUUAAUCCAGCAGCCAAUACUCCUGUUUGUUGUCUCGACAAAUUCAAUAAACAUAGAUAGAACAGAUAAUGAAACUGUGAUACAUUUGCGAUUUUGUUGUCGCUGUUGUUAAUUAAGCCUUCACACGCUCAAGUGCGCCACUUGAAAUCGUUGUACACACGUUCGUUCCUUCUCGCACCUCCCACACAAACUUACACACAGCAUUAUCGCAGUUCGGUCAUACAAAAAGCGAAAGAGAAGCAGAAGGAGAGGGAAGAACAGCAACACACUACGCUGAAGUUAUCACCGUUAGGAGCAGCGCAGUGCAGUGCGCAGCCAGCAGUAGCAAUUUUCCCAAGCGCACACAGCUCAGCUGACGUCGCAGUCGACGAAGUUUCGCAGCAGCAGCAGUCUGCCUCACUCCCGCAUAACGGCACAACUUCACCUAUACACUCACUUUGGACUCGAGCCUCUUUGGAAUGCAUAUGCGUAGCGUGGAUUGAGAGUAGCGUAGACUUCGACGACGACGACGACUUCGACGUUCGAGUUCGAGUUCGACUCUGCGUCGUUAUCAGCGUCGCUGCUGCUGCAAAGGAAGUCAGUCUUGUGACUUGGUGCAAUAAAAGUGCAGCUAAUUGAAUUUAAUCCACAAGCAAAAGGAAUUUGAUUUCAUUUUUAUAUGUGCCGCAUACGGACAACGCGUCGAGUGCAAUGCGGAAAAAGUGCAAGUGACAAUCGAAGCAACAAUAAUCGCAUAAUAAGCGCGUCUUAACUGAAAGACAAGCGAAAUUAUACUCAAUAAAAAACAUCAAAAAAAGUAUAAAGCAGCCAUUUAAUAUUCAAGUCUUACGUUAAUUAUUGUGAUAUUGCAACUUGUUAAACAAAAGAGAAAUAAAUCACCAUGAAGAUCAGCAGAAAUGGACGCGAAUCUCUGCUCCUCGUGCCCUCGCCGAACCACACGUUUCCCAUACGCACGUGUUCCAACGCGUCCUCGAUACGGCUCAAUAUGGGUCAUGAUCACGACAACAACGAUGACGCCGAGGAGGGACUCGGCUACACUCACACCCUGAUGUAUGGUCGUUAUACUAAAGAUCUAGGAGAAUUUGCAAAAGAUGAAGCCAGGAAACUCAAGCUACUCGAAAAGCGACGAAAGCAAGAAGAUAAACAAAGGAAUAAGGAACUGCUAGGCAAACGAGCGACACGAAUAAAACGCAUCUCAUCAUGGGUCUGGAAGCAUACGUUGGCACGUUUGGGCGAGGAUUGGGUGUUCCUCGCCCUGCUGGGCAUCAUCAUGGCCCUGCUCUCCUUCAUCAUGGACAAAGGCAUAUCGAUAUGUACAAAUGCUCGUAUUUGGCUGUAUCGCGAUCUUACCUCACAGCCCUUCAUACAGUAUAUUGCUUGGGUCUCAUUGCCGGUCUGCUUAAUAUUAUUCUCAGCCGGCUUUGUCCAUCUCAUCGCACCGCAAAGUAUAGGUUCCGGUAUACCUGAAAUGAAGACCAUUCUGCGUGGCGUUGCACUGAAAGAGUAUCUCACAUUUAAGACAUUAGUGGCCAAGGUAAUUGGUUUAACGGCAACUCUGGGCAGCGGUAUGCCAUUAGGAAAGGAAGGUCCUUUCGUACAUAUAGCAAGUAUUGUAGCACAAUUAUUAAGUAAACUCGUCACAUCAUUCCAAGGCAUCUAUGAGAAUGAGUCGCGCAACUCGGAAAUGCUUGCGGCCGCCUGUGCCGUCGGCGUUGGCGCCUGCUUUGCAGCUCCCGUUGGUGGCGUACUCUUCAGCAUUGAGGUAACCACCACAUACUUUGCGGUGCGCAACUACUGGCGCGGCUUCUUUGCCGCUGUCUGUGGUGCGACGGUAUUUCGCUUGCUCGCCGUCUGGUUCCAGAAUGCCGACACUGUUCGUGCUCUCUUCCUCACCAACUUCACCACCGAGUUCCCCUUCGAUCCGCAAGAGUUGUUCGUUUUCGCCCUGAUUGGCUUAAUUUGCGGCUUGGGUGGCGCCACCUAUGUCUGGGUGCAUCGGCGUUAUGUGCUCUUCAUGCGCUCCAACAAACGCAUGAACAAAUUCCUGCAGAAAAAUCGCUUUUUGUAUCCUGGUUUUCUGGCGCUGUUGGUAUCCAGCAUUUCAUUUCCACUGGGCACGGGUCAGUUUCUGGCAGGUGAGCUCAGCACACAUGAGCAGGUGACACAGCUGUUUAGCAACUUCACAUGGUCUCGAGAUGAUUUGACUGUGGAACAGGCUGCGGUUGUCACUCACUGGAUGACCAACUACACGAGCGUCUUUGGGAAUCUAGUCUGCUACUUGGUAUUCACGUUCUUCUUCUCCAUCAUUGCGUCCACAAUUCCUGUGCCAUCGGGCAUGUUCAUCCCAGUCUUUAAGAUUGGCGCCGCCUUUGGUCGCUUGGUGGGUGAAUUUAUGGCUUCGUGGUUUCCACAUGGCGUUCGCUACGGUGGCCGCCUCUCACCCAUUAUGCCCGGUGGCUAUGCUGUAGUGGGAGCCGCCGCUUUCUCCGGCUCUGUGACGCACACCGUCUCCGUGGCCGUGAUUAUCUUCGAGAUGACGGGUCAAAUCACGCACGUGGUGCCCGUGAUGAUAGCUGUGCUGGUGGCGAAUGCGGUGGCCGCGCUGCUGCAGCCCUCUAUUUACGACAGUAUUAUACUGAUAAAGAAGCUGCCUUAUCUGCCGGAUCUGCUGCCCUCCAGCUCGGGCAUGUACAGCAUCUUUGUGGAGGACUUUAUGGUGCGCGAUGUCAAAUACAUUUGGCAUGGCAUCUCCUAUCAGAAGCUCAAGGAGGUGCUCAAGAUCAACAAGACGCUGCGCUCGCUGCCCCUGGUCGAUAGUCCAGAGAACAUGAUACUGCUGGGCUCGGUGCAGCGUUACGAACUGAUCAAGAUCAUCGAGAAGCAUAUUGGACGCGAGAAGCGCAUGGAGGUGGCGCAAAAGUGGCAAAAGGAGGCCGAAGAGCGUGCCCUCGAGGAGGAGAAGAAGAAACAGGAGGCAGAGCAGAGGCAGCGACGGCCCUCACGCUUCGAAGUGCUUCCCGCUCCCGAUAUUCUCAGUCUGCGCCAGAUUGCCAACGACGAAAUGCUGCCGCCCAAAAAGCGAGCCGAGACCCUGCACAGUUCGCUGACGCCCCGCAAAUCCAUACUGAAGAAGACGAACUCGUUCAAUCUGAAGACCUACACACCCGCCUCGCCUCACAGUCCCAGCAUCACGCCGUACACAACGAUCACUGGCAAUUCCGAGUUUCGCAUACGCUCCGCCUUCGAGGCCAUCUUCAAGAAGUCGACGACGCUGCAGGACGUGCAGCCCGAUCCGGAGAUGGGCUCCGUCUCGCCCGAGACAGCCGACAGUGGGGUGCAAGUGCAGCAGGCACCCAGUGCGCCCAGCACUCCCGGCAUCUCGAAGAAGGUUCAGCUGCAAGCACAAAACAAUUGGAACUUUGUGACCGAUCAGAUCAUGCUGCAAGUAAACCCAAUUUCAGCGCAAGAGGAAACCGUAAUACAAAUGGAUGACAAAGAUGAUACACCAAUAACAGAUAAAGCAAACAAACUGCUGCCCAACGAAGCCAAUACAGAUAAGCCCUGCAUUAAAUUCAAAACAAAUAAAGUUUCAGAUAUUAAUAGACAGCCUCAUUUUAUUGAGAUACACGAACCUGCCGUACACUUAGAAAAUGAGUGCAAGAAUGCAAAAGAAACAGAAAAGCAAAAGAAGCGAAAGAAAAUUCACUUCAACAACAAUGUGAAAGUAAAAGAUUCGCCCAAUCAUAGCUAUACCUUGGAUAGGAUUUGCGAGGCAGACGCAGAAACAGAAGCUGAGGCAGAAAUAGAGAAAGAGGCAAGUGAAUUGGGUUUUACGAUAGAAGAUGUCGAUGAUAAAAACGAUCCCGAAGAUAGUUGCGAUGGGACUCCGCCUAUGAAAAAGGCGAAAUCGGUGCAAUUGCCAAGGGAACGGGUUAUUGACAUGUCACCGGAGGAUCAGAAGCAAUGGGAACUGGAGGAAAUGCUGAAACCCAUUGAUUUGGAGAAGGCACAGAUUCACAUAGAUCCCUCGCCCUUUCAACUCGUCGAACGCACUUCCAUUCUCAAGGUGCACUCGCUAUUCUCCAUGGUGGGCAUCAAUCAUGCCUACGUAACCAAGAUCGGACGACUUGUCGGAGUGGUGGGACUCAAGGAGCUACGCAAGGCCAUCGAGGAUAUCAACAGCAACAGCUUCGUGGCCCAUCCGCGGGACGAUGAGAUCGAUGGCGAUACAAAGCCAGCUGUGGAGAAGCCUCUGCUGUCGCCAAGUGCCAGUGACAAGGCUGUGGAUAUGACAAUCACAUCGAUGGAUUCGGCGUUAUCCAAUUCGGACAAUUGCUCGGAUAUUGAGAUGGAGCACAUGAAGUCAUUGGAUACGCCGGAAGUGACGCUUACAAUGCCUCCGACAGAUACAAAUACAACAACAACAACAACAAUAAUAGACACAAACAACACACAGAACAUAAACAAAAGUGUUUAAAAUAGGCUUCAAUCUUAUGUUAUGUUAUGUUAUAUGUAUAUUGACUCGUUAGUUAUGACAACAUACCGAUAUUUCAUGUUGUCCGCAAGUCUGUAAAGAUCAGUUAAAGUUAAGUUACAUCAUAAUUUAAUUAGAAUAUCAAGUUGUUAUGUAUUCACAUGUAUGAAUAUGUAUACAUAUGUAUAUUUCUUUAGUGCAUAAAGUCAAAGAUAUCGUGAUCUAUAUUUAAGUUCAAAUCAAUGCGAAAUAAAAGAUUAACAAUAACACUCAUUUUCACAUUUCCCACUGAAUCGUCUUGAUCUUUACUCUAAUCUCAUGAUUACUUCAUAUUUUUUAUUUACCAAUUUGUGCACAUAAAAUCUAAUUUUAUUCUUUAUGGUCGGGUCAAAUUGUUUUGUGGACCACUCGAAAGGCUUUAGACUGAACAUUGUUUAUUCAUCAAUGAUGUGUCAAUCAAUCAAUUUGCAGUUGCCAAAACAAGUUAAAGUUCUGGCUCAAAUAAUUCAAGUGUAAUAAAAUAUUGCUAAUGAUAGAAAUCAAUUUAUGACCCACUUGAGCUAACGGUACUCGUAAAUUGUGAGUCAGAGUUUUGAUGAUCUGUCGAGGCAUUUGUGAAAUCAUUUUGAUUUUAAACUCAUAUUUCUGACUACUUAUCAUUUCUUUUUAAAUUAUUUGUCGAAUAAAUUCAAUUAUUAUGUUGCACUUCGGAGAACGUUGUAAAUUCUAUGAAGGCAAAACCUGGACCAAAAUUUGCACUGGAAAAUACUCGGAAAACAUUAAACUGCGAUUCGCAAAUCUUGCAGUUCAGAUAGGCGACAAAUAUGCCAUUUACGAGGCGGAUAAGAAUCAGUUCUUGGUAUCAAUAGGUAACAGUCCAAUAAUGCGUGAAGAACGAAUUGAGCUCAAAGAGAACAAUUUUAUUAAUGCCGAUUCCAAAAAAAUCAUUGAGGAUGUAUAUGCCAUGACAUGUCUACCAUACAGAUUUCGCUUCACCGAGGAAAUUGUCAAAGAAUGUACGCGAAGAAAUAAAGUUCAUGCCCGGCACACUAUUCUAAACUAUCCGCGCUACGAAGAAAUGGUGGAGAGGUUGAUGGAACAGCACUUUAGGUUAUCCCGUAGAAACUGCUCAAAUUUCUUCAAUGGAACCAAUUACUGGCCGUUGAUCAUCGUCGCUUUUCUACUUCUUUUUGUUAUGUUUUUCUACAGAACGAGAUUGUAAUGGAUCGAUUUAGUAUUUGAUUAAUAUGUGUACCUUAUUAAUAACUUAAUAGUAAUAUUAAUAACUUAAUAAUGGAAAAUAAACAAAUUUGCAAUCUUCAUAAUAUAAAAGAAA